GUAUUAAAUAGGAAAUAAUUGGGGCUUAUAAGCCCGGAACAUAGUAGCAGUUCCUUUCGAAGGUUUUCAGUGUAGAUGCUUGGCGCUAGAUUCAGUUAGUCUCAUUCCAACCAUGAACGCAUGCGGGGAUGAUCGGAUUCGAUAAGAAACCCUGCACAGAUUCAUGACCUCAAAUCUCCAAAGCAGGAAAGCGAAGAAAAGAAGAUGUAGAGCUCAAGAUUGGACAAAGAUAAAGGAGAGCCACCCGGCGAAAAAUUCUGUCGUCAUUUCUGGGCGCGAUUUUCUCCCCACAGCUGUCUCUCUCUUCCACUCCGCCACUCCUCGAGUCGACCAUCUACCACCCUCAAAUUCAACAAUGUCAGGCCGACAAAUCUCCUAUGGCCGCGGAGGCGCAGGCAACAUAAGCCGCCAACAAAGCGCACCAAACCCAAGAGAUCUUUUCACCCCAACAAUCAAACAAGAAGUCUACACAACCGGACGCGGCGGCUCAGGAAACAUGGUGCACAACGACCCCGACCGGCCCGAGAUUGCGCGCGAAAGCCAAGACGUCGAGUCGCCGCCGUUGCGCGCACAGCAGAUUCCCCACCACACUGGACGAGGCGGCGUUGCAAAUGCCUACAUCCCCACGCCCGAGGAGGAAGAGCACGAGAAGAAAAUCCAAGAACAGGAGGUUGAGCUUAUGCGUGUGCGCACUCAGUCAAAGGAUCGGGUCAAGGAGCUUGAGCAUGAAAGGCAGGAGUUGCGGAAGGAGUCGCCUUCUGCUUGAGCUUGUUUCUUGGGUAGGGUUCGGUCGCCUUUGCCUGUUUGAGUCGGAGUCAGCUAUCGUCUAGCGCCAUAUCGCGCUAGUCCUUGUUCUGCUAAACGGGGUCGGGCUUUGAGGGGUUCAUAGUUGCUUGUGGAUUUACUCUGAUGGUUGCGAUGCUAAAGGGAAUGGUCCUGGAGAAAGGAUUAACUUGGUGUUUAACUGCGGAGACUAUUUUCAGGACUUUUGCUCUUAUCAGGCGAAAGUCGAGAUUUUGCGUGUUUGCUUUUUUUUUAUUUCUUAUCUUUGCCCCUUGUCCUAUCAGAUGCUUCACUAUACCCUUGGACCGGGGGAACGGCGUCUACUUGGGUCGAGGCUUGAUUUCCCUUUUUCCCUAUUACACUUUGGAUUUGAAAAUGAUACUCUCCAUUCAAACUUCAAACUAUAUGUGUAUCCAAAUGUCUACGCUAAUUACAGGCUUCUCAUAUCUCAUUAGAAAUGCAAUGCAAACCGUGCAAGGUCAAAACAAUCACGCCAAAAUACGGAGAACGGGCAAUAGUCACACCAC